CCUCUUUUGAUCGUUCAUAUUUAAGCCACUGAAAGGGUUUGUGAUUUUAUUCACCUCCUGACAGACCAAAGAUGGAACUGAAAAUCUUCAUUGUUUUCUUCUGCACUCUUUUCACUGGAGGACAUUCACUCCAAUGUAAUCAGUGUUUAGAUAUAAUGGGUCCUUGUAAAAGCAACGUGACGACUUGUCCGGACACUGCGGUAUGUGCAAGUGCAAGAAUUGUAGAGUCCGCUGGCGACAAUGAAGUUACAAUGCAGUAUAAAGGUUGUGCAGUGACGGAUAUUUGUAUAAGUGGAUCUUUUAACAUCGGAGAUACAAGGACAGUUAUAUCUACACAGUGCUGUAACACAGACCUUUGUAAUAGCAAAGACGCCCCAGAUUACAGCUCUAAAAGCCCCAAUGGAAAACAAUGUUACUACUGUGAUGGGAAGAGUUGUUCAAACAUAUUAAACUGUUUAGGAAAGGAAGACUACUGCCUUAAAGCUACAGCAACUAAUGGGACUGUGUCUCAGACUUUUAAAGGAUGUGCCUCUAAAUCUAUCUGUGAUGCCAAAUCACAAUUGACUGCAGAUUACAAAAGUGUCUUAUGCUGUGAGAGAAAUCUGUGUAAUGGUGCUAAAAGCAUUACACAGAAUCUCCUCUUUCUCUUAUGGCCGCUCUUCUUUUACAUCCUGAUCCACUGAAUUCAGCAAAACUUCACUUUAUACAGCAGUAAUGUGAGAUAUUGUGGUGGGAUUAGUAAACAAAAAAAAAAAAAGUAUGUUUCAUGAUUUAUGCAUCUUAUCACUGCAAUAGCAGUAUGUGAUAUAUUUUGAGUUAAAAUGCAAUGUUUAAUUUAAUAUACUGUAGCUUAAUUUUCAUUUAAUUUUGUGGUGUUAUAUUGUUAGAAAAAAAUAUACUGCAAACAGGAGAAAACAUGAAAUAAACUCUAACCACAACACCUCUA